AUCGUGAUCGUCGCGCACGGACGACCCAACGCACGGCCGUGAUAAUUACCGAGGCCGUCGCGCCCGUACACACGGCACACAACGCCAUAAUGAUCGCCAGGAUGACGAACGCGAGGUAGAGUUGUGCGAACGGCCGCUCCCGGGAUCACGGGGCAGAAUACGGAAGAAUCAUGGCUUUUCCGCCUUUAGUCAGCUCCACGCCUCCGCCCUUGGACAACUUCGGAGAGUCCGACGAGGACGAAUUCGGAGACUUCACGGCCGGCGGAAUAGAUGGCUUAUCGGUUUCAUCAGAAUCCCCGCAGAAACUCAUCACUCCGAUACAAACACCAAUAGCAUCACAGAACGUAUCUCCUAGGAUAAACGGUGUUAGCGAGUCGCCAGUAUUGGAUAGUUGUCCGAAAAGAAGCGAAGCCUUGAAACGUAGCGCCAUCGACGACCUGUUGAUCGUCGAGAAGGCAGAAGAGGGCAACGUGAGCCGCAUCAGAUUGAAAGAUAAUAGAACAGACAACAGUAGUGUAUUGGAGAAUAACAUUGAGAACGCUAGUGUAACAGAACGCAGUGUAUUAGAUUCACCUAGGACCGGCGAGCCGCGUAAUGUCGAGAUUAGCGAUAGCGUCGAUCACGUUUGUACUCAGAAUGUUUUAGCUAAGGAGGAUCUUGUUGAUACGGAUGUAAUUAGUAGCAACAAUAGUAGUUUAGCCGAUAGUGUAAAGACGGUCAGUGAGCAGGAGGGGACGUCGAACGACGAGGUGGAGCCAGCGAGCCUGGACUUGGACGACCCCGCGAGCACGCCGGACAUCCUGCAGCAACUCGACGACGAUUUUUAUAAUUACGAACAGUUCAAGGAUCCUAACGAGUGUGACAAUGUGGUUUGUGAUACGGAAACGGAUGCAACGGUCCUGCAGACGGACUACUUAAGCGACAGCAAGCCUAAUUCCGUGGACGCGGAAUGCGACGUGACGGACGAGGAGCGGCAGAUUUACACGUCAUACGGCAAAAGCGAUAGCUGCGUCGACGUUGUGAACGAUACAUCCGGCUUCAUUCACGACGAAAGGACGAUUUCCGAUUUUGUUAGCCCCGAGAAACUGCACAGCACCGAGGUUUUCGGUGCGCCGGACUGCGAAUUCAGUAUUCAAUCGAAAUAUAUAGAAAUGUACGACGUGAUAUCUAACGAGGCGAGUAACGAGAAAUCGAGUAACGCCUUGCGCGAUUCGUUCAGCUUUGACUUUACCUUCGACGAUGCUGACGUGAGAGUGGAAUCAAAUCUAGAUACGUCCGUACACAGGAGCGAGGACAGCUACUUGGAAGAAUCCAGCAUGCGAAACGACGCAAGUACUCUCCCCAAUCAUUUCCGCAGUAUAGCCGAUGUAAAAAGUAUCGUACAAUCAAAAGAGAGCGAAUACGUAGCCGUAGAUACGCAGAAUCAAAUCGUCCAAGAGGCGGAUACGAAUGGAGAGAUCGAGGAGAGGGGAAUUGAUAACGAAGGAACGUGCGAGCGGCACAUUCUCGAAAAUGGCUUCGACGAGCACGAUCUCGAUAACUCCGACUUUACAGAAUUUAUGGAGCACAGAAAUUCCGACGACGUGUCAGAGUUGACAAGUAGCUACGAUCCGGUAUCCAUUAAUAGUAAAUGUGAAACAGUACAAAUUCAUGAUUCACACGCAUCAUUUUCAUCAUCCGAUACGACCUCUGUACAAAAGUUCUCGUCAAUCGAAGGCGCUUCACUGCCAUGUACCAAUACAUCCCACGACUGCUUAAAAGAUAACGUUAAUCUUACGAGUACCGCGAGCAAAGAAUGUGCCACAAAAUACAAAAGCGAGAAUUCGGUAGUAUACUUUAGCGACGGCGAGUUUUAUGAUUUCGAUCUGCGUGAUAUCGAGCCAGUGGAAAACAACAGGAUAGAAGAAAACAGUUAUUCCGUAUUCGACGCUGAGCAAGAGGAGGACGACGAUUUUGGUGAUUUUACUAACUUUUCGGGCACGACGACAGAGUGGAAGUUUGAGGAUGUCAAGGAACCGAAGGUAUCCGGGGACGACGAUGAUUUCGGGGACUUUAGCAAUUUCGAAACGUCAAUGGGUGUAGUAGAGACACAGCAGUUUAGUUUGAGAGAAUCUAUAAGUCGGAUAGAGAACAAGAAUGCCGCGAAUAAGAUAGAAGACAUAAUAACGAACAUGUUUCCCGCGAUUCCUGAGCAACGCGAGGUCGAAUUAAAGACCUUAAUAGACAAGGCGGACAAAGUCUGGCAAAAUGUGAAGAGCGUGGAGGAAACCAAUGCCCUGACCUAUCAGUGGGCGAAUAGUAGCAGCAACAACGUUCUCCUCAACGCUCUCGGCAUCGAUUCUCGAAACAUCUUGUUCGGCCCGAGGUGGAAUCCAAACGUGCCAAGAUUCGCUGCAAACCUUGGCUUCACCCCGUUGGAACCAAUUAGAGCUACCGCUGAAUCCCAGCAGUCCUCCGCGUCCAACGUCAGCAAGAUGCAGGGCGCAGCUUGUUCGGACGAAGUCCCCGCCGCUCAAUUUGAUUGGAAUAGCUCUGGCCUUGUAAACCCUCUAGAUGCUAGUGGUGGUGGGUUGUCCGCUCUUCUGCCUCUGGACUUGCUGUGUCCGUUUGAUCCUCUACUAACACCUCACUGCUCCACACAUUCCGAAUCCUAUCAUCAGUCUUGCACAUCGAGCUCCGUUUAUUACUAUUGCUCGGAGGCAGUUGCUCAAGAAGCAAGCAGUCAAUCCAUGAAAUCGCAAAACUUAUCCGAUCUCAACGGUUCGCUGAAGCAACCAAAACUGUCUCAGGCUAAGAUAAUUGAGCCAUUGCCGGGGCCCUGUACAGUGGAAUGGAGGAAGAAACCCGAGCAAGAUUUCGGGGCUAAGCAGAGAGGCAAUUCGUCGCACAAGUCGCUGCGAAGCGCUCCACCGAACAGCAACAAGUCGAUUUCAGCAAACAAUAAUGCCUCGAGGGUACACGAAUAUCACAGGAAGACGUCGAUAGGUAAGAAAGAGAACGUGCAAGGUGGGGAGCACGUGGUGAUGGACCGUUUCGGGCGGCCGAUCAGCGUGCAAGCCGAGACGGUGAAGGUCCUGAAUCAGUUACCAGACCUGUCGUUCCUGAAUGCGCGAACUCUGCUGUUCAAUCGCGAACAGCGGCAGAUCGUGCCGGAUCUGGGCGCGAUGAUAAAUCGGAAGAUGCCCGGCUGAGUAACAUCGGUCUGAAUGCGAGUUUGAAAGGGCAACGCGAGAGGCGCCUCCUUUUAGAGAACCUGUUGCGAGCUGGACGUUUUCUAAUGCAACCCACACAAUCAAAAACGUACUUCUGCCUACCUUUCAAACCUGUGUUCAGACCAACCUCUGAUCCAACCUCGGCUCUUCCACAUCAGAGAUGGACAACAAGAAGGGAGAAGCGUGUGUUACGCAAGAUACCUACUAUUAAAUCUAUUCUCGCUUGCUGGCACCGAGCAAUGUACUAUUACGACAUUCCGAACCAUCAUUGUUUUGUGAUUCUUCGUAGCGCUAUUACUGUUAUUGAUCCUUUGAAAGAAGUAUUUACUUUGUUGCGCGGUACGUGAUAAUUUAAUGUUACACUUACCGUUUCCCGCGAGACUCACGUCGCGUAAGUUUAUAUUCUGUUAGCUCAACGGUCGCGUAGUCUUCAUUGCAGAAGAACGGUAGUUCCGCGUCCAUUACAUUAGAUAGAUUUAAGAACUCGUAUUCGGCCAUGUUCUAGUCUACGUGCGGUUUUCACUGAUAAGUUUUAUAAUAUAAUUAGGAGAUUCGUUUCGGGUGUAUACUCCCUCGAUGAUGUUUGCGGGCGAUUGAACAGUUUUACAAGUAUAUCCGUUAAAUUCGAAAUUUCUCUUACCAACGUUCUGGGACUACUCUUAGACGAGCAGAUUCGACUAUUGAAACGCGAAAUAUUAUCUACACUUCAUACGACGUUCGUCUGUUCCAACUUGAAGCAAUCGUACAUACGAGUAUAUUUCCAAUCGCAUAGACGAGAGAACACACUUAACCGUUCGAAGUAAAAACUAUAUGCUAAUCAUAUGGUAAGUCAAUUACAUCGUAGAUUGACGAGAGAGAAGAUUGAUAUUCACAAUGAAACCGCCGAGUGAUGUCAAGUGUAUCAAACUCGCUUGAUGCUUUAUUGCACAUUUUCGAUUUCUACUGUGAAACGUGAUGUACUUAAUUAAUGUAAAUCUUGGCAUUUGCAUAUUGAUGAUUAGAUCAUUUAUUAUGAGAUAUACGAUAAACAUUACCAUUAUCGAGUUCGUUAUUUAUUAAUGAUAAUAUUGUAAUAUAUAUUUUAUGUAAAAUAUUUUGUGGAUAAUAUUAACACAUAGGCAAUCUUUGACGACCGAAUUGUUGUUUGUUACUUCACUUUUUAUCAUUUAUCAUCCACGAAGUUGCUUCUCGCGAUUUUCAAGACCAUCAAUCUUUUCCCCGGACUCUCGAGUGCAAUCUGUUGUAUAGAAAAUAUUUUAAUCAUUGAAGAAUCCGAUAUCUCUAAAUUUGUGUCUAAAUAUAAAAAAAGAUUUCAAGACGCUCGAAGUAAAUUAUGGUAACCAGUCAUAAUUCUUUUGAUUAAAAUAUUUUUAAGAAAAUUAUUUAUUAUUUGUUAUCAUGCAUUCGAUUACACACGUUUUGUAAAAUAUAUUCUCAAUCAAUGUGUAAAUAUAUUAAUUCAUUAUGUUAAA